CAUGACAUGGUAUUACACCAUCACACGAGUGUUUAUCUCUCCCAGUUUUCGUUUACCCACUGAUCAUUACCAGCCUAGCUCAGUCGCUCUUCAUAUGACGACACGGGCUUUGCGUAGCAUCCAUGACAGAGCGACUGCUAUACUUGAUGAGGCGGUAGAUGUACAGGGAUACCAUGACGCUUGUUCAGGCAUUGUUUCACUGUGUGCUGAUGUAUUGGGUCGAGUCGAUUAUGGAUAUAUGGCCGCGUCUCAGCAUUCCACUGCAUCUACAUCCGCAGCAGGGUCUUCUCAGGCAGUCCGACGUGAUAGAGUUGUUCUUCAGCCUCGUAACCAGCGCAGACGUCCCCGAGCACAACUACAUGAGCUUCAUGAUGAUGAUGAUCACGUUGAGUUAUGAUAUUUGUAUUUCACUUAUUGUGUGAAAGUUGUAGUAUGCACUAGCAGAUCGAAUCAUUUUGGGAUACACCAGAUUUAUUAUAACUUUUAUGGAUCAUAC